AUGGCGCAAUACUUUUUCGACCUCCUUUACAACUUUACAGACUGCAUGUGCUGCUUUCCCAGCACGCCGCAGCUGAAGAUCAACAAUCGCAGCUUCAAGUUGCUACGUCUCCUGGGUGAAGGUGGUUUCUCUUACGUGUACCUCGUCCAGGAUAAGUCGACGUCGGAACUCUUUGCGCUGAAGAAAAUCCGUUGCCCGUUCGGCCAGGAAUCCGUCUCCCAGGCGUUGAAGGAAGUGGAGGCAUACAACCUAUUCGCAAAACAGAAGAAUAUCAUCCAUUCGAUAGACCAUUGCGUGUCGACCGAAGCUGGCUCGAAAUUUCGCUCCGACGGCGGCGACGCGGGAUCCAAGACGGUCUACAUCCUCCUACCAUACUACCAGCGCGGAAACCUUCAAGAUGCUAUCAACGCGAACCUCGUCAACCACACUACGUUCCCGGAAAAGAGACUCAUGGCCCUGAUGCUGGGUGUAGCCAAUGCGCUCAAGGCUAUGCAUCAGUAUCGCGUAAAGAGCAACGCCGGAACAACGCGCAAGGCCAAGGCGGUUCGGAGAGAGGGCGAAGGAGCUGAUGCGGAAUUGUCGAUGCGCAUGGAAGCCCCCAAGCGCCGGGCUAGUCAGAGAGUGGAUGAUGAGGAGGAAGAGAAUGAGCCGUUGAUGGACGAUGAGGUCACCAGAAGCCAAGAAGGGGUGCAAGAUGGUGAUCUGCGUCCAUACGCUCACAGAGACGUGAAACCUGGCAACAUCAUGAUUAGCGAAGACGGCCACAGUCCAGUUCUCAUGGAUCUGGGAUCCUUAGCCCCUAGUCCCAUUCCAAUUACCUCCCGUUCUCUCGCAUUGGCCGUCCAGGAUACAGCCGCAGAACACAGCACAAUGCCCUACCGAGCCCCUGAGCUAUUCGACGUCAAGACCGGAUCUGUCAUCGAUACAAAAGCAGACAUUUGGUCGUUCGGGUGCACGUUAUACGCGUGCUUGGUCGGAAAGAGUCCUUUUGAAGCCCGCAGCGAGGAAACUGGUGGAAGUCUGAGCAUGUGUGUGCUCGGUGGUGACUGGCGCUUCCCUGAUGAGAAGUCAGCUUCCAAGGGAAAGGGCAAAGCUGGGGGCGAACAACAGGGCGAGGGCGCGAGUUCGAGUGGAGCAAGCUCGAUCAGUGCGCAGGUCAAAGAUGUUGUUCGCAAAUGCCUGGAAGUUGAGCCGGCAGACAGGCCUGAUAUUGACGAACUCAUUCAGAUCUUGAAGGAUGUUAUCCAAAAUCUCUCGGAUGAUGCUGGAUCUUCGUGA